CUUUUAUCGGUUGCCCCAUCACUCAACACAUUCAAGAUCGUCUACGGCCUCAAUUGAUCACCAUCGGACGGCCGUGAUGUCUUCCAUCACUCAAAACGUGGGCGCACUGCCUUCUCGCCUUCGCAACUUCUUCGCUCGCUACCCUCCGCAGAUUUAUUCGUCCCUGGUCGCAUCGCGUCCGACUGCCCCGGAGGGCGAAGCCUCCGCCGACGAGACUCUUCCCUCGCCCUACACCCCGGAUCGUGAUGCGAAGGGUGCUCGCCGUCCAGAUCCCGAGGCUUUCUCGACCUCUCGCGCGCUCCUGUACAACGACCCUAAGAACCAGAACCCAUUCUUGCCGCGGAAGAUCUUCAACUCCAAGAAGUGGAUGGGUCCCCGAUAUGGACUCCGACAGCAGGCAGAUCUAGUCAAGUUGGCUAUUAAAUACAACGUCGAGCCACUCUUGCCCCCUGGACCCAAGUCCACCGAAUACAAGGCCGCCAAGCUGGCGGAGCGUGGUCUGCGGAUUAAGGGAACUGGUAUCGGCCAGAAGGUCAAGGGUCACAAGUGGGAGCGGACAAUGGAAGCGAGACUCGAGGAGCGCCGCAAGGCGAUGGUGGAGAUGCCGGAAAUGAUCCGGUUGUGGAAGCAGAGAGGUCAUGGUCGUGGAUGGAGACAGUGGCCGAAGCGGUGAAGGGGACGCCGAAGCCCUAUGUGAAAAUAUUGUUUUAGUUCUGUCGAUUGUUUCUCACUGGUCCACUCUUGCCAUAUCUGUCUGCGCCCUCGCUCGACCAUUUCCAUUACGUGUGGAAUCCCCUCGGCAGAAGCAUUUGUAUGAAUCAUUGCAGGGGUUUGGGAUGGGAGUACUGUUUCUUUUGCGUCACUAUUUUUUAUUCAAACCUUGUACAAUAUAUAGCGUGGGCAUCUUGCCCAAUGAUAUUCGGGAGGCUCAGCUUAAGCUAUCUCGCCACUGUGUGCACAUGAGACACCAGGGAAUCAACAUUGAGUUUUACCUAUAUCA